GCUUGGCGGUAUCUCCUUUCUGGACCCGAUAUCAUCCACUACAAGUAUAAAAAGGCUAAAGGCAAGCCAUUCGAGGUCCUCGCCCCGGACACGCGAUAUGUUUUCGUUUCAUCGCCAACGCAUAUCAAAGAAUUAGACAGAGCACCUGAUAAUAUGCUAUCCCUCUACGCUGCGUCAAGUCAUAUGCUACAGCCUGAAUACACCAUGCAUGGAUAUGCUUGGUUUGAUAGAAAGGGGACAGGCGGGUUUGGCUUUGUGCGUGUUAUUCGUACGCUGUUGACACGCAAUAUUCCGACGAUUCUCCCGGACCUCACGGUCAUGAUUAAAAAACAGUUGGCGGAUCUUCAGACGGAGGAUCCGAUAUUCCGAGGGGCGCGGCACUCUUCUGUAUACGAGUUGACACUUAAUCUUGUCGUUCUAUCUAAUGCGUUGGUAUUCUUUGGUCCUGAGUUAGCCAGAGAUCGAUCGUUCAUGAACGCGGCAUUGGCCUAUGUUGAGGAAACUGUCAUGGGUGCAGAGAUCAUCCGAUUGAUGCCGUCUUUCGUUGCUCCUGUCAUUGGUCGGAUUGUCUCGAGUCGUAUUCGCGCUCAGGAGAAGGUUUUUGAUGUAUUGUAUCGUGCCGUUGAGCAGCGACGUUGCGAAAAGAGUCUUGCUAAACCGGGUCAUUUUUCUAAAAGCUAUGCCGAUUGUAUUGAAUGGAUACUGGAAACAUGUCCUGAACAUAACACACGCUCGACCACGAGCGUUGUGCACGAGCUGAUGGCCAUCUGGUUUGGCUCCGUCCAUGGAUUAGCGAUGACACUCACAUUUGCCAUUCAUGAUCUUUGCCUACAUCCAGAGUACAUCGAGCCUCUCCGCUAUGAGAUUGAAACCCAAUAUGAUGCUUUCCAAAACACCGGAAAUGGUCUACCCCUGUUAGACAGCUUUAUCAAAGAGUCUGCUCGUCUAACCCCAGUUGAGUCAUUGAGCACUCGCCGCCAAGCCGUCCAACCCUUCGCUCUCUCAGACGGCACUAAACUAGAAGUUGGAGAUUGGGCCUGCACCCCUGUCCGUUCGAUCAUGUUGGACCCAACAAACUACCCGGAGCCUUCGCAAUUCAGCGGCUUUCGGUUCGCGGACCCCGGUCUGCUCCAUGGUUCCUACCCGCUUCAACCGCAGCCGUCCAAAUUGACUGACGUGGACGAGAAAUGGCAGAUGUGGGGUACUGGACGCAUGACUUGUCCUGGUCGAUUUUACGCCGCCGCUGUGAUGAAAGCGAUUCUCGCGCAGAUAAUUCUGGGCUAUAAAUGUCGUCUUGUGGACCCAACAGCCCCUCGUUCCUUUGCUUGGAGGUCGACCACGGUGCCCAGAAAGUCGACCAGAGUGGCUUUUGAGCCCCGAUAG